AUGAAGUUCCCGGGCUCGGUGCUGGCGUCCGUGUUCCUGUUCGUGGCCGAGACGAUGGCGGCGCUGUACCUGAGCAGCACUUACCGCUCAGGCGGGGAUGGCAUGUGGCAGUCCCUGACGCUGCUUUUCUCGCUGCUGCCCUGCGCGCUCGUGCAGCUCACACUCCUCUUUGUGCACCGCGACUUCAGCCGCGACCGGCCGCUCGUGCUGCUGCUGCACCUGCUGCAGCUCGGACCCCUCUUCAGGUGUUUUGAAGUCUUAUGCAUCUAUUGUCAGUCAGGCCACAUCGAAGAGCCUUAUGUCAGCAUCACCAAGAAGCGACAAAUGCCAAAAAAUGGCCUCUCAGAGGAGAUUGAGAAGGAAGUGGGCCAGGCAGAGGGCAAGAUGUUCACCCACCGAUCUGCAUUCAGCCGGGCAUCAGUGAUCCAGGCUUUCCUGGGCUCAGCUCCCCAGCUGACCCUGCAGCUAUAUAUAAGCACCUUGCAGCAGGAUAUCACUGUCGGAAGAUGUGUCUGCAUGUUACUAUCCCUAUUGUCCAUUGUGUAUGGAGCCUUGCGCUGCAACAUCCUAGCCAUCAAGAUCAAGUAUGAUGAAUACGAUGUAAAAGUGAAGCCUCUGGCCUAUGUCUGCAUCUUUCUCUGGAGGAGCUUUGAGAUUGCUACUCGGGUCAUUGUCCUGGUCCUCUUUACCUCUGUCCUGAAGGCCUGGGUGGUACUGGUAAUACUCAUCAACUUCUUCAGUUUCUUCUUAUACCCCUGGAUCCUCUUCUGGUGCAGUGGUUCCCCAUUUCCUGAAAACAUCGAGAAGGCCCUCAGUCGAGUGGGCACCACCAUCGUGCUGUGCUUCCUCACCUUACUUUAUGCCGGUAUCAACAUGUUUUGCUGGUCAGCUGUGCAGCUGAAAAUCAACAGUCCUGACCUUAUCAGCAAGUCUCAGAACUGGUACCGGCUACUGGUGUACUACAUGCUGAGAUUCAUUGAGAAUGCCUUCCUCCUCCUUAUGUGGUAUCUUUACAAGACUGACAUCUAUAUGUAUGUGUGUGCACCUCUAUUGAUUUUGAAGUUGCUCAUUGGGUACUGCACAGCCAUUCUAUUCAUGCUGGUAUUCUAUCAGUUCUUUCACCCUUGCAAAAAGCUCUUUUCCUCCAGUGUUUCUGAAAGCUUUCAGCAGUGGCUAAAAUGUAUUUGCUGUCACUGCCGGUGGCAGAAAUCCUCAGAUUCUGUAGGAAAGACAGAUGUAAGGUCAUCCGGAGACAGAGAUGAGACACCUUCUAGUAGUAAAGUAAGUUCUAUGCCUAGCCAGAUCUUGAAUGCUGAUGAUCUCUACUCUGCUUAA